AACUGCUUUGGAGAGGAAGACAAAUGUAGAAUGUUUAAAGAUCUGCUACUUAAUGAGAUUCUGGAUUACAGAGUUUUGGAUAAUGUUUAAACUGGAUGCAAACCUGAAAGAGACCAUGGAGCAGUUCCAAGAGGUGCUACGGCAAGAUGGAGAGGAAUCACACAGUCACCUAAUUGACAUAUCCCAGAUAAAUUCCCGUGAGUGGUCAAGAAAGCUGACACAGAGAAUAAAGCCAAACUACAGCAAGAAACGGAAAGUGUCCCUUCUAUUUGAUCAUUUGGAACCAGGAGAAUUGGCUGAACACCUCAGUUACCUGGAGUUCAAGUCCUUCCGACGGAUAUCAUUUACAGAUUAUCAGAACUACAUUUUAAGUGGAUGUGUUAAAGAUAAUCCAACAAUGGAACGUUCCAUUGCCCUCUGUAAUGGUAUCUCUCAGUGGGUACAGCUGAUGGUGCUUAGUAGACCAACACCACAACAACGGGCUGAGGUCUUCACCAAGUUUAUUCAUGUUUCGCAGAAGCUUCAGCAGCUACAAAAUUUUAAUACACUAAUGGCUGUGGUUGGAGGACUGUGUCACAGCUCCAUUUCUAGACUCAAAGAAACAAGCGCUUGUGUCCUGCAUGAAUUUAUUAAGGUGCUGAAUGAAAUGACAGAAUUACUGUCCUCCUUCAGAAACUAUGACAACUACAGACGCAUGUAUAAUGAAUGCACUGGCUUUAAGAUCCCGAUCCUGGGGGUUCACUUGAAGGAUCUCAUUUCUCUUCAUGAGGCCAUGCCAAAUUAUGUGGAGGAUACGAAAAUUAAUGUACAUAAACUGCAGACCCUCUACAGUCACAUCAAUGAACUUAUACAACUCCAAGAAGUGGCUCCACCCCUAGAAGCAAACAAGGACCUUGUUCACCUCCUAACAUUGUCCCUGGACCUAUAUUGUACAGAAGAUGAAAUCUAUGAGCUGUCCUAUGCACGUGAACCAAGAAAUCAUAAAGUCCCUGAAACUUGGAGGAAUGAUGAUUCUAACAAUUACAGAGUUCAUUUUAUAGCCACAGGUCAGCCUACGACUCCUUCAAAACCUGCAGUCGUUGCUGAUUGGGCAUCGGAAGUGGCUCCCAAACCUGAUCCCAAGACCAUCAGCAAGCAUGUCCAGAAGAUGGUUGACUCUGUAUUUAAGAAUUAUGACCAUGAUCAAGAUGACUAUAUUUCACAGGAGGAUUUUGAGAAGAUUGCUGCCAGCUUCCCUUUCCCUUUCUAUAUGAUGAACAAGGAUCGAGAUUUAAUCAGCAGAGAGGAAAUAACUGCCUACUUCAUGAGAGCUAGCUCUGUGUACUCAAAAUUACGUCUUGGCUUUCCUCACAACUUUCAGGAGAAUACCUACCUCAAGCCUACUUUCUGUGACAGCUGUGCAGGAUUUUUGUGGGGUGUCAUCAAGCAAGGAUACAAAUGCAGAGACUGUGGGAUGAAUUGUCACAAACAGUGCAAGGACCUGGUGGUCAUUGAAUGCAAAAAGAGAUCCAAGACCAUAACGUCAGAUAACAGUCCAACAUCAGCAUCCACCCCAUCUGCGCUCUGUUCUGCUAGUAUCAAAGGCCCUAUUCAUGAGGAUGGACCAUUUUUGUUCCCUGGUGAUGAAACAGCUGACCACUCUGAAGAAAAUAGCCAUCACACAAUUGUACUACUUGGAGGACCGGCUCAUAAAAUUCCUUUAAGACUGAAGCCAUCUGUAAUGCACAGGAGUACACAGACAGAAGCACUAUCACAAACUGACAAUUCUGGAAAUUUCUGCUUUCCUUCUCCAAGAAGUAAUACAUCAGAAACUAUACUGCCAUUGCCCACUCCAACUUCCCCAUGUCCUAGUCCAGUUCCAAUGCGGAAAAGAGCCUAUGCAAAAUGGGAUCACAGAGUAACCAUUCAGAAAACAAAAGAUGAACAGCUAAACUUCAAGCUUGCUGAAUUUCAUGAACUGGAAAAGGAACGUGAUGAUCUGCGAGCAGAGAAUGAUGCCUUGAAGAUGCAGCUUAAGGAAGAACAGAAUACUGUUGAGAUUCUAAAGAUGCAGCUUAAAGCACAAACACUGGACUGUGGAAAAACAAGUGAUACACCAUGACAGAGACCUCUGGAAUGUUUAGUAGACUUUUCUGGUGAGAAAUGUUAAAUAACUACAUACCCAUUUCAGAUGUCUCAUAAGGUGGCACAAAUGGGAUUAUUACUUAUAGCUGCACCUAGUAAACCAUGUAUUGCUUGAUUCCAACAGAAAUAAGUACCUAACUAUGGCUGGAAUUCUAAGCAGAUAUAUGUUGAAGAUAUUCCAGUCUUGUUAUGGUCAAUGCAAGCAUUUCUGACAGAGUUUGAACUUAAGGCAGCUGGGAACAUUGUUUUAGCUGCAGUUCAUAAUAGCUGUUGUCCACAUUAUAGGGGAGAGAGAGCUGCCAUUGUACGCACCAACAUAUUUUGGAUUACUGCCUUGUUAAGGGAAAAGAUUCUCAAUUUCAAAUGUACAUAUUACCAUUAUGAUACCAUCCUGCAAUAUUAUACUUAAAUGUGAAAAUACAAGUAGACUCUAUUAAAUUAUUGUAUUCUGUCCAUGCAUUGGUGUAUAUACACACAAAUGUGCACACACAGUUUUUCGUGUUACAUUUAUACAUGUAUUUCUUCAGAGAAUGCAUAUCCACUAACCCUUUACCUUUGGGUCAUCAGAUUUGCACAGUAAUGUCAUCUCCUUUUACUCACCAUAUAUACAAGGAAAGUAGCAACACUUGUGACAGAUGAGUACCUACUAGAAAGCAUGAAAAAGGAGGGAAAAAAAGUAACACCAUGGACUUGCAACUGUCACACACCAGAGACCCUUUAGGAGGGGUCUCAUUGUUAGUACAGAUCACUGAAAAUAUUAAGUGUUUUGUUUGUUUUAUUAAGAUAGAUGUGAGCUCUUUUGUCAAACCACUAGAAGACUGAUGGAUAUGACAGAUCAAGUCUUCUGUUAAAACUGACAUUUUGUUCAUGAUCAAUGCAUUUUAUAUUGUUUUAUUAAUACAUUUGUUGGGUAAUGAGAGAGUUAAUCAAUGAGACAACAGAGUAAACUAGGAGAGUGCUAGCAAAGAAAAGCUAACAAGCUAUAAGGACUUGGCUUUCUUUUCCAUAGUUUUUCAACUUUAGAUAAAACUUAAAAGUGAAAGGAAAAUAAUUAUUCCCAACAGGAUACUGGGAUAAAUGUUACAUUUGCAACAUUCAUUGCUGAAUCAGAAUUUAAAAUAUUUAUACAGGUAAGGAAGAAUCUGGGAACGUUGAUCACAAAACUUAAAAUUAAUUUGCUGGCAAUGUGAGAAGGUUUAUUAAAGAAGCAAACUUGUGUUUUGAAAUCUGGUUGCGUACAAAACAUGCCCAAUGUUUUUUACAAGUACAAUUUCGUAAACUGCAUUGACGUCUGAUGACUACUAUAGAUUAAAUUGUAAGCACAAAUCUGUUAUAGAAUACAGGCUUCCACUGAAUGUGUAUGUACAGUAGUUCACUUAGCUUUGCUAGAUGCCUGCCAAUCAGCCAUGUUGCCAACCAGUUAGUCAUCAAAUUCUGGUUUAAAAAAAAAAAACAGUAGAGAAACCUGACUUUAAACAACUUCUCAGUGUUAAUGGAAUACUGUCAAUUAAAAAGUCAAACUUUUUUGUAACUACACUGGUCCUUUCAAAUAUCCACAGUACAGACAUACAUACAUGCAUCUAAGAAGCCAAGUUACAGUGUUGAGACAAGAAUUUGAAAGUUUUAAAGUGGUGUUGCCAGAACCAGCUGAACUAAUAUGCACAUUUUAAAAACAUACAGGGGUUCUAGUCUGUUUUGCAUUUCAAAAUCUUUACUUUAAUUGCACUGUAUUGAAAUAUCCCUGAAACCAUAUAUAUUACAGUGAUAUAUAUGCAUCUACACACACUUUUAUAUACAUCUGUAGAGAGAGAGAAAAAGAAACAGACACCACACACAUACAGACCAGUAUAAUGCAAGAAAAAAAACUGCCAUACAACAACAUGCUUCUGUUUAAUAGGUCCGUAGGUACUUACUAGGCUACUGAGCUAUGAAAAUCUUAAGAAACCUCUCCUUACAUAUUCUUGUUAAUUUGUAGCCCUUAUAUUUUGCAUAUGUAUAAGACAGAGAUGGACCAAACAAGGAUAUUUGGGACAUUUACAUGUUCCUCCUAUCCAUUAGGGACAGGGGUGCAAACUUAAUAAAGUAAGAGAAGUACUUUGCCUUACCUGUUGCAGUGUUAUUCACUUCAAUAUAAGCUCAUUGGUGUGUACUAAGCAAACGAUCACAAGGGCCUUUUGAAAAGUUCUAGUACCCUUGAUAAGUGUAAGCAGGGGCUUGAGAGUUGAAAUAUUUA